CAGAAUAAUCUUCUCAGGGCGAGCGUUUUGUUUUUCUGCCCCGCGCAGGACUUUACCCUCAGCCGUUACACGGACAUGACAGCCAUCACGGUGCAGGUGACCAAGGCCACACGGCCACGACUUCCCUCCAAGAUGUUCUUCGAGACGUUUCUGCGCGUUCUCAUCACGCUCAGCGCCGCCAUGUCCGUGGUCCUCUCCUCCAUCUCCGUCUGCGAUGGCCAGUGGCUCUCGGCCCCCAGGGACAGGCUCUUUGGUCUGUGGGACGUCUGCAGGACGGGUACGGAACCUCCGUGCGACGCCGAGCUGGCCGGCCUGACUCGUGGCAUGGUGGUGGUCCGCACUUCCGUGUCCUUGGCCGUGGUGGUGGCCAUCUUUGGCCUGGAGCUGCUGAUGGUCUCCCAGCUGUGUGACGACGGUCACUCCCGGAGGAAGUGGGGCCUGGGAUCUGUGCUGCUCCUCAUCGCCUUCUUCCUGUCGUCCACGGGGACGCUGAUUUACGUGGCACUCCUCAGAGAGUACAUCCUGCGCAGCGCCUUCAGCCUCACCUUCUGCUGCCAGUUCCUGGGGGUCUUCCUGUUUUUCCUGAAUGGGAUUAGUGGCCUUUAUUUCAACCACCUGACUCUUUGAACCAAAGAAACGUGGAACGUGGGGGGCCGGAAAUUUGCACUGACAUUAAUAAUUAUUCCGUGGCCCCCGACCGUCCUUACAUUUUGACUUUAACCCUUUGCUGU